CGCCAACUGUCUAUGCUGCCUCUCAGCGAUCGACCCCUACAGCCUGACACAUCUCUGGCUGCUCCCAUUAGGAGAGCCAUUCGCGAGGAACUUGCCGACUCGCUACCUUUGGCUCAACCAUGUCCUCCCGUGGCGGCACCUCUGACCUAUGCUGCAGUCGCAGCGCGACCUGCGCCGCCGACAUUCGCAUUUCCUGCGACAGUGCGACCUCAAGCAGUGCCAACUCCCGUGUCGCCUCCUAUUCCGCCUCGAAGCCCAAUUCAGAACCCUUGGCGCACACGCGACAACCGACCCAUAUGUUUCGCUUGCGGUUUCGCCGGCCAUGUCGCGCGCUUCUGCCAUCGUCGCAUGCCACCUUCUAACCCUGCUGUCUCAACGCCUGGGUAUGGAUAUUCCCACGAUGCUACCGGCCAUUCCAUGCAUCCCGACCCAGAGUAUCCGCCGUCUUCUCGACGCCCUUUCGGCAACCAUCGUUCUCCGUCACCACGUCGUCGCUCGCUUUCCCCCUUACGUCGUCGCCGGUCACCUAGCGAGGGAAACUAGUUGCUGCAGUUCUGCAGGCACGAACUGCCAGCUUCGCGACUUCUACAAGGCCUGCACAGUCGCCACACAAUUUACUGGACGUUUUGGUUGAAGGAACCGCCACAAUUGCGCUUAUUGAUACUGGGGCUGCGGUUUCUGUUAUGGACGAAAAGCUUUGUCGUAAGCUCCGCAAGGUCACCACGCCGUUGUCUGGUUUGCUACUGCGUACCGCGAGUGCGCAGCAUAUAGCACCGCUCGCUCAAUGUACCGCAAGAGUGCUCAUUGCCGACGUAGUUUAUGUUGUUGAAUUUUUCGUGCUUCCUUCAUGUUCACAUGACAUCAUUCUUGGCUGGGACUUCUUGUCUCACCAUCGUGCCAUCAUCGACUGUGCUCGGGCCGAAGUGGCGCUUUUCCCGCUUUCCGAAGCCUCGCUGCCUGACCCUUCUGAAAGUAAAGCCGCCAAGCUCACAGUUGUCUCCGAUACGAACAUACCACCCGAAAUGUCGGUUCUUGUGCCCGUAUCUUGUUCCGCCGCGCCAGACGCUACGGUGCUUUUUACACCAUCGCCUAUUUUUCUACGUCGCAAGGCUCUCCCUCUACCAUUUGCCGUCCUCAACACUGUAUCUGGAUUAUCCACUAUGCUUGUGUGUAACCCGCUUCAAUCCCCUGUGACCUUACUGCGUGGAGAAUCCCUUGGUCGUGUUCAGCCCCUUGACCCGCUUCACAUUCUCGAUACUUCCGACGACAUGGCCUGUUAUGAGCUCGACGCCCUCACUUCUCCAUUGCUGUGCGCAUCAUCAUCAUCAUUGUCGUCGUCGUCAGACGUUCUCGAAUCUGCCUUGGACGCCGAUCUCCCACCUGCGUACCGCCAGCAAGUCCUCGCGCUUCUUCAGAAUUUUCGCUCGUCGUUUGAUUGCGACCAACCAUCCCUGGGACGUACGGCGACCGUCACUCACAGCAUCCACACUGGUUCCCAUCCACCAUUACGCCAGCGGCCAUACCGCGUGUCGGCAGCCGAGCGACAAAUCAUUACCGAGCAAGUCGACGAUAUGCUGCAUCGUGGCGUCAUUCGGCCUUCCCAGAGUCCUUGGGCGUCUCCUGUAGUAUUAGUACGCAAGAAGGACGGCUCAAUACGCUUCUGUGUGGAUUACCGUCGGCUCAAUAAGAUAACUCGUAAAGAUGUGUAUCCGCUGCCUCGGAUAGAUGACGCCCUCGACUCCCUACAAGGCGCGGAGUACUUCUCAUCUUUGGAUCUUCGCUCCGGCUAUUGGCAAGUGCCGAUGGCUGAAGACGACUGUGAGAAGACCGCUUUCGUCACGCCCGACGGCUUGUAUGAAUUUACUGUAAUGCCAUUCGGGCUCUGCAACGCGCCCGCUACUUUCGAGCGUAUGAUGGACACUAUCCUUCGUAAGACGGGAGGAUGGCAGCCGCGGCAGCUUAAUUUGGUAAAGCCCUCAACGCGUAAUGCGGAAGAGUUGGAUUCGGCGCCCGCCGGAGCGUCUCCCGGCGUGCACCACUCACUUCUGAGGACCCAGGGCUCAUGGUUCCUAAGUGCCAGGAAUCCUUUGAAGAUGCUCGCGGUGCAGGCGGUGCUCACGUUGCUAUUUCCCAUGAGAUCGGAGAUCGACGGCAUCGCGCUUCGCACCAGCGAGUUCAACAGCCGCUCCACGUCGUCCAUCAAGUUCUUGCUACCGGCGCCUGUUAGUGAUACCGGUGCAAUUUGGGAACUCACUGCGGGGACCACAAGUAGCAAGAAAAGCAGAGCGGGGUACGCGACGGCCAUAAUGGCGGCGGUUUGCUGA